AUGCAAGCAUACAACCACAUCCACUCCUCCUUUGGACUCUCUCCUAACCCUCCACCACUUGCUCCUCGUCCCCCUCCUUCUCCCCUCCUUCUCCCCUCCUUCUCCCAUCGUUCCCUGCUCCUUCUCUCCUCCUUCAACCUUACUGCUGCUCCCCUCCUUCUCCCCCUGUUCUCUCCCGCUUCCCCCCGCUGCUCCCCUGCACUCCCAGGGCAAGUGGCCCAUGGACUGGCAGCCGGUGCGCAACCUGGCAGUGGCAGCGGAGCAGCGGUGGGAGCAGUGGAAGCAGCAGCAAGGACACAACUCGCUCACACCUCCUUUGAACUCUCUCCCAAUCCCAUUCUCCCAACCCCUCACCCCCAGGGCAAGUGGCCCAUGGACUGGCAGCCGGUGCGCAACCUGCCGGUGGCAGCGGAGGAGCGGUGGGAGCAGUGCGAGGGGAUUCUGUAUUAUGAGGGCGAUGUGAGGGCAGAUGGCAAGAUUGCCCGCAGGGACGUGGAGUGCGGCAAGUGGCGCAGGGUGCCGAGUGUGUUUGAGGUGGAGGACAAGUUUGAGUGCUCCUGUGCGCUCACCUUCGACCCGCAUCAUGCAGACUGCAUGGUGCCACAGGAGCUGCCAAAGAGGGACUUGGAGAGGCGGCUCAAGAUGAUAUCGGAGCUCAAAUUGCAGAAGCAGCAGCAGGGAGCGGAGAUGGGCGAGUGGAAAGAGCGCAUGGGCGAGCUGAGGGCGUUUAGGGCGCAGCACGGCCACUGCCACGUGGCCCCCAGGAGCCCCCUGGGCGUGUGGCUGCAGAAGCAGCGCAUGCUGCUGCGCCGCAACCGACUGUCGGCCGUGCAGCGGGAGGAGCUGCAGCAGCUGAACGUGACGAUCAACCUGGAGGAUGCGCGGUGGGAGGAGAACUUCGCGGCGCUCGUGGACUUCAAGCGCGACUACGGCCACCUCAACGUCUCCCACGCGCCACUCGCGCACUCCAACACCGCCCCACCUCCCACCGUCGCUGCUGCUGCUGCCGCUUCUGCUGCUGCUGCUGCUGCUGCUGCUGGUGGUGGUGAUGGUGCCAGUGCUGGAGCAGGGGCAGGGGGAGGGGGAGGAGGAGGGGGGGCAGGAGGGGGAGCUGCUGCUGCUGCUCCUGCUGGUAUCAGUGGUGGUGGCGUUAGCAGCAGUGGUGGAGGCAGCAGCGGAGGGCAGCAGCAGGGAGGGGGAAGGCUGAGGCGAGCGCAGGACUUGGCACGGCUGAGCCAGUGGGUGAAGGCGCAGAAGGCCAUGGCACAGCAGCCGUUCAAGGGGAAGAAGGCACUGCAGCGCAUCUGCAGGCUGCUGGAGAUUGGAUUUGUUUUUUCGGAGGGCGAUUCCUCCUCUUAA